AAGGGAGCCGUUUCAAAGGCAUAUCCCACCCACUACUACUACUACUACUCCAUUUAAAUGUAGUCUGUUGUAGGUCAGAGGCUGCGUCUGUUAUUUCUGUUAAUUAACUGGAUUCUGACGUUUGGAUUAGGGUUAGGAAGUGAGCAUUGACGUGAUGAGUACAAAGUUAGACCCCAUCAAGGUGAAAGUGGCUGAACUGGAGGCAGCCAGGGCAACAGACAAAGAACAUCCAAAAGGAAAGAGACCAUAUCAAGCAAAGGGAAGAAAACAAGGAAGAUCCUGAUUCUGCUCACAAGUAUAAGCCUGAACUUGAGUUUGAGCACGAGGCAGAACAUGACAAGCCAGCUUUGGUGUUGGAACCAGGUGACCUUGAUGCAGAUUCUGAACCAGAGCCUAAGUCUGAGGCAGAGCUAGAGAAUCAUUCAGAACCAGAGUUGAGAGCAAAGCCAACAUCACCUCCAGAAGAGGGUGAACCUUCUCAGAAAGGGAUGAGCUCUUACACAUCCAUGAGCCACAGGCAGCAUUCCAGAGACAACACUACAGUCAAAGAAGAAGACAAUGACUUUACAGUCAAAGAAGAAGAUGAAGAUAUUACAGUUAAAGAAGUUGAGGAGGAGUAUAACAAAAUGGGUCAUGAAGAUGCACCUAUGCAAAAUAUAUCUGGCAAUAAGAGGGAACCAGAUACUAAUCGUGAAGGUCCACCACCAACGGCAUUUUCUGCUAAAGAAUUUGCUGAACCAGAACGAGAACCCUUUGAAAAGAGACGAGGCGAGAAGCGGCAAGCAUCCAGCCAGCGAGGACCCCCAGAUUCCAAGAGAUGUCGUCCUGAAAGUGCUGAUAAACAUACAGAUGAUGAUCCGAAUUAUGAUGAAGAGGCUGUGAUUCUUGACUGGUACAACCGUGAUUUGAGUUUGAUCAUAGAUAAGGAGACCUUCUUGAGUGCAAAACCUAUGACUUCUGAAGAUUUUGCUUAUGCAUGGCAUGGAGUUCGUGCUAGCUAUGGCUUCCUGCGUGGUCGCUUAUUCUAUGAGGUUAAAGUAGUAGAUCACUUGGCAGUUCCUCACCUUGAAGGGGAACGACAUCCCCAUGUUGUACGAUGUGGGUGGUCCAUUGAUGAUGUUGGAAUGAUGCUUGGAGAGGAACCCUUCAGCUAUGGUUAUGAUGGAACAGCAAAGGCAUCCACAGACAUGAAAUUAAAAGAUUAUGGACAACCCUUUGGAAAAGGUGAUGUCAUAGGCUGCUUUUUGGACAUCGAUUCUAAUCCUGUCACCAUGUCAUUUAGUGUGAAUGGAAGGAAUUUUGGGAAGUGCUACGAAGUGUCUCAUCGUAGCCUACAAGGAAAAGCUUUGUUUCCUCACAUCUUGACCAAGAAUUGUACUUUCAAGGUGAACUUUGGGUUAGAGCAUCCGUCGUUCCGGCUCAAGUCAAGAUAUAGAUUUGUUGGUCAGAUCCCUCUGGAAGAGAGAGUUGUUGGGGUCACAGGGGCCUCAGACACGACAGAAUCUGAAGUAGUAUUCCAUUGUGAACUGCUUUUUGUAUGGUUUGAAAUAUGUAUUCAUUUUAGGAAGGCUUGGAAACUACAUAUUUUUAUGUUUGUAAGUGUUGCUUUUGAUAAUGUAUUUCUCAAGAAACUUUCAAUGUAUCCAAUUUAG